GGCCGCGGGGAGCGAGGCGCAGGGAGGGUAAAUAGCCGGACACAGGGCACGUGACGUCGAUGUUUAGGUUCUCUCGCCGGAAGCAGCCUUCGCACACCGGAAGUGUUCGGAGUAUGGCCGAUUUCUAGGCUCCCUCCCCGCGCCGCUGGGGGAAGCGCGAGGCCCCGGUUUAGAGGAGCACGAGCAGUAGCUGUGACGGCGCUUCCGGUUCUAAGAUGGCGGCGCCCACGCGGCAGCUCCGGAGGCCAGCAGGGGACGCGGCGGCGGAGACGGCCCCGGAGGCGAAGCGGCCCUGGGGGCAGCGGCGGCGGCUUCUUGUGCUUCUCGAGGGAGCGAGUCUGGAGACCGUGAAGGUUGGGAAGACGUACGAGCUGCUGAACUGCGACAAGCACAAAUCGCUGCUGCUGCGAAGCGGCCGGGACCCGGGGGAGGUGAGGCCCGACAUCACACACCAGAGCCUCCUGAUGCUCAUGGACAGUCCCCUGAACCGGGCUGGCCUGCUGCAGGUUUACAUCCACACCCAGAAGAAUAUUCUCAUUGAAGUCAAUCCCCAGACCAGGAUUCCCAGAACUUUUGAUCGAUUCUGCGGUCUGAUGGUUCAGCUGUUACACAAACUCAGCGUCCGUGCAGCCGAUGGGCCCCAGAAACUGUUGAAGGUCAUCAAGAAUCCAGUGACAGAUCAUCUCCCUGUGGGCUGCAUGAAGAUAGGCACCUCUUUCUCAGUCCCCAACGUGACGGAUGUGCGUGAACUGGUUCCCACUGCAGAACCUGUUGCAAUUGUUGUGGGAGCUUUUGCCCAUGGCUCGCUGAAUGUUAACUAUACAGAGAAGAUGAUCUCCAUCAGCAACUAUCCCCUCUCUGCUGCCCUGACCUGUGCCAAGAUCACCACAGCCUUUGAGGAGGCAUGGGGGGUGGUGUGAGCCCUCCAUAAUUGGCCCUGUGGAGUAGGACUCUGAUCUUUCUAGAAUUGGCAGCUGUUUUUCUACUUGUGUGUGUAAGGAGCACUGAGAGUCAACCUUGGCUGAAGGCCCAGUGGUAGAGUUCAAGGCAUACCAUGCUGAGCUUUCCUUCGAUACAGUGUGCUCCCAUGGUGAGAGGCCAAUGGGCACCCCUCUGGGAGUGUUCUUUCUCCUUAUAUUAAAAUUACUUUUGAUAAAAAUG